AUGCCACACCUAGAAAUAGCUUCUUUCAACCUCUUCUCCGCCCAAACCGCAGCCGCCACAGGAGCCUCCCGCAUCGAACUCUGCCGCUCCCCCAGCGUCGGCGGUCUAACGCCCCUCCUCUCAACCUUCUUAUCCCUAAAACCAUCCCCUACAACCAUAACCACAACCAGAAUCCCCAUCUACGUAAUGAUACGUCCACACGCUACCUCCUUCACUUACAAUUCCACCGAACUCCUGGAAAUGGAAUCCUCCAUCAGAGACUUCAGCGAAGCGGGAGCCGAUGGAUUCGUAUUCGGCGUUCUCACAGCAGCACCCUCACCAGCACUAGCACCACCUAUCAAUGUGCAAAUAGAUGUAGAAGCCAACAAGCGACUCGUCCGCGCCGCGGGCGGGAAACCAUGUACGUUUCAUCGGGCGUUCGAUUGUAUUCCGCGCGCGGCUAUGCGGGCGCAGCUUGAGGUUCUGGUAGGGUGUGGGUUUGCGGCUGUGUUGAGUAGUGGGGGCGCGAGAACGGCGGUGGAGGGGCAGGGGAAAGAGGUGUUGAGGGGACUAGUGGAGGCGGCGGGGGAGAGAAUUGACGUUAUUGUUGGGGGAGGGGUCAGGGUGGGGAAUGUGGGCGAGUUGAUGAGGGGGACCGGGGCGAGGUGGUUUCAUAGUAGUGCUAUUGUUGAUGGGGGGGAGGCGGCGAGUGGGGAGGAGGUUAGGGGGUUAAGGGGGGUCAUUGAUAGUUAG